UUGCCUAUCUUUCGGUACACUGUAUUUCUAUAGCCCAUAGUUAUAUGGUCUGCGUCCAUGGCGGUUGCGUUUUAAGCCUUCCUUCUCUCUUUGGCGGUAAACAUUAAGACCCUUCCUGCCCCUCUCUCUCUCUCUCUCUCUCUCUCUCUACGCGGAUGGAAGGCUGGUAGCGCGCAAGUGUAUUCUCUCUCUCAAAAAUGGCGGAUCAUCUACGAGACCAGACCCCGGAGAAAAAUCAGCAUUCGGAAUGCGAGGAACCCACUCUCUCUCUAGAAAACCCUACUUCAAACCAUGCGGCUGCCCCCCUACUGGUUCUUGGGGCUCCUCUCCACCUAUGAAUUACAGACCCAUUAGAGCUCCUGCUCUUCUCUCUCCUCCAAACACCCAAGCCGUUCUUCUUGCUCCUGUACCUCAAUCCCAAAAAGUCCCCAUUGCUCAACCCCCUUACGAUUUUCAAACCCCAACAAAGAAAAUCCAUUCACCUGAAGAUAUUACAAAAUUCCAUUCUUCUUUCUCAGGCUGCAACUUUUUAGGGUUCGUUGUUGCCCUAAGUGAGUCGAUCAGGGGCCACAAGAUAUCUGAUCCUUGCCCUGAAUCUGAAACCAUAAAAACCAUUGGCUCGAUUCUCCAAGAAAUGAUUGAUUGGGUCGAUGAAAUCCCUCCUGUUCAGCAAUCCUCAAGGUAUGGGAACUUGGCUUUCAGGGAUUGGCAGCUUCGAUUGUCUCAGAGCGAGGAAUUCAUGCGUAGGAUUCUUCCUGAAAAUUUGAGUGAAGCUUCAAUGGAGAUCUUCUCUUACUUUCUUGAUAGCUUUGGGAAUUCUCAGAGGAUUGAUUAUGGAACUGGCCAUGAGACCAAUUUUGCGGCCUGGCUUUAUUGCCUUGCUCGUUUAGGGUUGAUUACAGAGGAGGAUUACCAGGCUGUGGUUUCUAGGGUUUUUGUGAAAUACCUUGAGUUGAUGAGGAUGUUACAGCUUGUGUACUGUCUUGAACCAGCGGGGUCUCAUGGAGUUUGGGGCCUUGAUGACUACCAUUUCUUACCAUUUAUUUUUGGGUCCUCUCAGUUGAUUGAUCACAAGUAUAUGAAGCCUAAAUCCAUUCAUAACCAGGAUAUAUUGGAUAACUUCUCUCAUGAGUACAUGUAUCUCUCUUGUGUUGCUUUUGUGAAGAAAGUUAAGAAAGGAAUAUUGGCUGAGCACUCACCUAUGAUCGAUGAUAUCAGCGGGGUGCCUAAUUGGAACAAGGUUAACAGUGGCAUGCUAAAGAUGUACAAAGCUGAAGUGCUCGAGAAGGUGCCCAUCAUGCAGCAUUUCCUGUUUGGAUCUCUGAUUAAAUGGGAAUGAGUUUGGGCAAUGCAUUCAUUUCACCAUGUUGAAUUGAAGAAAGCAUGUCAGCCAUCUUAUGCAGAUUUGAUACAUCGAUCUGAAUGGACUUGGUUAUUUGUACUUCCCUUUUUGAAUGCCUGGCUAGGCUUCGCACUUUGACGUCACUAACAUGGUGUAGGUAAGAUGUAUUUUUCUUGUUAUAGAGAAGAAAUUUAGUCUUGAAAGAGCCGUGUGGAUGUUGCAUUUGGCUCAAGGAUUCUCCCAAAUAUUACAGAGAGAUAGAGUGCGAGAUGGUGAACAAUCCACGUUGAAAAUGUGCUCAGGCCUCAUACCCGUGGGCAAUCCAA